AUGGCGGCUCAAAGGGAGCAAGAGGAGGAGACACUUUUCAACGACGAAGACGCCGUUAGCAAGCUAGAGGCCCUCGUCUUUAAUUCUCUGAGUCUUGGGCAGUGGGAGUCAGCCCGCGGUCACCUCAUAUCUCUCUCUAGCCACGAAAAGGGACGAAAAACCGUCAAAGAAAUUUUAAGAUCAAUUGUACUCAAUCCUAAAGCAGUUUGGAGUGAGUCAAAGUCCAUUCCAUCAGAGAAUCACUUAGUCCUACUCGCUCUACAGGCUCAUGCAGAGCUAUGCCAAGAUGAUGUGGAAGGUAUUCCCUCUGCUGUUCAGCGUCAACAUGAGUUUAAGCUCCUCCUUCAUUCCUGUACACUUUGUGAAGGAUACACAACUCAGAUAAGCGAGUGGUUAUACGGGUAUUACACUACGCAUUGUGUUGGUUCUACUCCUCACUCCCUCACUCCUCUACAUACCUUCCAUGCUACCAUACAAAAGUUCCUCCUGUCAGUCCUUCAAUCCAAUCCCUCUGUGGCCCACGUCCUCAUCUCUUACCUAACAGUUGCUAACAGACCCCAUUACUUAACCAACAACGAGUUACUACAGCUACUCUACAUUGACUGCAUUGAUAGUUACCUUGGAAGAUUGGAGAAAGUUUGUCGUAAAGCCUCCACUACUGAAGACCCAAACUUGCAUAAGGAUGUAGCUGAGCUAAGCAGCAAGAUCCACUCCAUUCUCUCUUUAGUCGAUCCUCUUCCAGACAUGGGCCGUUUCUUCAAGCGGCUUGAUAGCACACUUGUGAAACUUAUCCAAUUGGAUUUCAAGAACUCCAAGAAGGAGGGACUUUUUACUUUUUCUAGCCUGUACAGUUGUUUUGUGGGUAGAUCUAGCCCUAUGUUGAUACAGAGAUUGCAGGAUAUUGAGGAGUAUUUGAAGGGGCACAGUGGAGGACAGGUGGAAGAGGAAGUGGCUAAGGAAUAUUCCAGCAAUGAGGAGAGAUGGGAGUCUGAGCUGUACAAGACACUGAGGUCUAAUCAUCAUUUCCUUGAGAGAAUAAUGGAUGCUGGGCUCAAAGCGAUAUCAUCUGGUAGUACAGAUAGACUGGCUGAUAUUUUUAGUGAUCCGAUGCUAACCUGUAUCAAACCAUUGCUGCUGUUACUAGGAUGGGACAGAUAUCCUGAUGUGGGAAGUGGUCAGAAGUUACUCGAUGUAUUGUGGCCAGAGGCACAAAAAGCAGAACCUCUACUGUUGUCUGGUUGCUGUAAACUUGCAUUUCAAGUUGGUUUGGUCCAGUGGUGCCUACAGAAAGCAAGGCCAUUUCUUCCAGUCAGCCCAACUCCCAUGACGUCAUCAGCAGGUGAUGUGUUUCAAGGUCUCAAGAAUCACUCAAUACUCUAUGUACUACACCACUCCACCCCUCUCUCCUCACUAGACCCGUAUGAAGUCAUAGAUAUCCUAAAACUCCGCCCAGACUCCUCCCUCAAUCUCCCGGCCAUGUCUCCUCCCUUUGAUAUCAUCAUGUCUCCAAAGCAGCACUCCUCCUCCUCAACCAGCCUGCAGCCUGAGCAAGAGAGGGAUAUCAAUACAUUCCGUGGGUUCUGCUCCCUUAAACUCAUCAUGGAGGCAGUUUGGUAUUCUAUCCUUCUAUCCAAUGGUAUUCAAACUUUUGUGUCUACUGGUACGACCGGUGAGCCUAAGAAGGAGGCUGGUGAUGGGGUAUUGGCUAGGCCUAAAUCAAAAGUCUCCCGUAAACUUGAUCUGGGUCAGUCGGACGAGCUGUCAGCCGGAGAUGAUUUAGUUUCCUCAUUAUCCUCCACUAGCAAUACCUCAUUGUAUGCUACUGAAGUGACCAGACGAUUAGAAGAAGCAAAGUCUCACUUAUCUGCCGUUUUCCCACUUAACUUCCGCUUAGAAGUUCUAGAGAACAUUUUCUCUCUUUUAUUCCUAGUCAGUGAUGAUAUUCAGUCGCCUGAAGAAGGAGGGAGUGAUCAUGAAGCAACUGAUCCUACCUCUUCUAUACACAGCACCAGCUCUCCUGACAAUAGCAGUUUCUCUUAUUCUAAUUCAAUUGCUUUCAUUCGUAAGCAGCACGGGUUCCUACUGGAUGAGAGGACAUCACGGGAUAUUCUCCUACUUCUCAAUGAUAGUAUUUUCGAGCUCUCUGCUGCUAAAUUCUCUUUGCUUAGCUCCCCCGGGAAGCCAAUGGGGUCCGCCUUACCUCCUGGGAAAGAAAUCCUUUCCUCCAUCCCACCUGCACUUUUACAGCAACGGUUUGGGAAAUUGCAGAAAGACAUUUACGAAGCAAAGUGGCGUCUUGAGCUAGUUUCAUCAAAGACUGGAUUGUCCUCACUCUCCUCUUCAACCCUCUCCUCUCCCGAGAGCAUUUCAUCUUACGAGAGUCUUUCUGAUACAAGCGAGCAGGAAGACGACAUAGAAGAACACAAGAAAGAGCCCGACUUAAUAAGAAAAGGACGACCUCACGACUUGUUUAAUGAAGCUGGGAAGAGACCCACGACACCUUUCAAACCCUCGUUCCCACUACUUGCCAAAGAAGGUUCUCAAAUCCCUCGUAAGACUGAUGAAGCUAGUCCUAAGAAACCCACAGAGCGUUACAUAAGGAAGUCUCCAUCGGCUGAUGAGAUAUACGAGUCUAGUGGCCAUUGUGCUGAUGUGGAGGAAGGCUCUCCUAUGCCUCUAGCAAAGAAGAAGAAAAUUAGAUCUCAUUCUGGCUCCGAGUUCAAGAUCAGGAAGAUCAAGUCCCAGCCUGUUCAAAAGGGAACUGGGAUUAUUUGUCAAAUGCUUGCAUCACCGAAAAGCCUUUUAUGUAAGUGUCUGAGACAUGGGAACUACCUGAAGGCACACGAGGUUGUUAAGAUGUUUGGGAUGGAGAACGAAAUUGGUGACUCUCUUGUUAAAUUCUCCGAACAGCUCAAAGAAGUGAGACAAGAGCUAGUAUCUCAUACACAGGCCUCCUCCCUCCCAUCAGCUGCUGUGACUCCACAGAAGCAAGUAGUGGUGAAUGGCUCUAGUGGACUUCAGGUAGCCAUCUUGAAUGCUACAGACUGUUCUUCUACUUUAGAUUCACUCAAUAGGCUAGUCCUACCUACUGUACUACAUAAAAUGCUUUUCGCCGGGAAUGAGGAUUUAGAUCAUUCUCACAAAGAAAUGCCACUACUCAAUUCACUGGAGGAGAAUGUCCCGAGUCUAGUGAUACUGGAUUUAUUGAUUAGCAGCAAGAUUGAUGGCCACACCUCUAAAAAGAUAGUCAAUAUGGCGGUAGAGAAGUCUAGUGUCGUAUUAGAUUGCUUCUCUCCUAAAUUAAGCGAUAAUUUGGUCGGUGGUAGGAGAAGUUUCCAAGAGCGACGCUCAGCAAGCCUCCUAGAUAAGCCACUUCAGGGUCCACUGAGCCUCCUUCAUACUCUAUCAGAAGUCUCAGGCUACUUCCUUCUCUCUAUCCCUCUAGCUGCCCCCUUUCCUCUCUCAUGCCAGCCCAUUGUCUCCCCUCACUGUCUACUCACUCAGUUCUUGUAUCCGAUUCGUGUUGACCUCAUACAGUCCUGGAGGGACUUCUCUGAGUCUUAUGGGGAGAAACGAGAGUCUGUAGAGUCUGUCAUUGCAAAGAGUUGUAUUGAUACGGAUAUAUUGGAUGUGUUAUCUAAGAAGGAGUCAGCUAGAGGGAUUAAUCCUGUUUUUAAUGAGCUCUCCAUUGCCAUGAGGUCCCUGCCACAAGAUGGGGAUACUCCUAAGGCUGAGGGUGGGGAGUCCAGUGUUCAGUAUCUGCUGCAUGUCAGUGGGUACCUCUCUAAGCUAGUGCAUCUGCUGCGUAACUCUCUUGGACUCUCAAGUGCUCAAGUUUCUCCAUCUCAAAUGUUGUCUGUGCUGCGUGAAAGUCCAACAGAUUUGAUUGGCAAACUUGUAUUUGAAAAGAACAUCAACCCAGAGAGGUUGGAGCAGUUCAUGACUGAUCUUCCCCACUUGAAGAUAGUUGAAGUUAUUGUUAAGUGUUGCUGUCCUCACAUACCCAAUGACUCACAAAGACUGAGCUCCUAUCCAUUAAUGAAUGAGUGUAUCUAUCCACUCAAUGUGAUCAAUGGAGAGGAGUCUGUCUCUCCCAAUGGCAAUGGGAGUGAAGAUGAGAAUGAUCCUUGUCUCCUCUCACAUAAACUCCUGGGGAAAAUGACAACAACACUUAAAGGUCUGUGUCAGACUGAUGGUGGUAAGAUACUGGCCCUUGACCUUAGGAAUGCGUACAAGAUGACAGAAAUGAAGAAAGUCCUCUCCUGUACAUCCAAGCUAGCCUCAAUCUCCCUCUCAUCACUUAAGAACGAGCCAAACCGACAGAUAGCAUUCUUUUGCAACGUGACCAAUCUCCUCUAUUGUCAUGCCAUCAUGUACAUUAUUAGUGUUUCUGAUGACAUAUCUGCCACUGGACUAUCACUCGCUUCUCUUGAAUCAGACAAGCUGGCGAAGAUUGCCUAUUUUUCAAGAGUUGGAUAUGUGAUUGGAGAAUUAGGAUUAGUGAGUUUGUAUGACCUCCAUUACUCAUUGCUGAGACAGAAUCUCUCCCUCCCUGUACUUGAUAAAGAGCGUAAAGUUAAACUCCAGCCACUGAAAACAAUAUAUGAGCCAUGGAAGGAAUAUGCACCAUCACAGCCCGACCCUAGAGUCCUCUAUGUCAUUGGAACUGGUUCACUGAGCAGCCCACCACCAAGAUUAAUGCAAGUUGAGCACCUUCACUCUGAUCUUGAGUCAGCAGAGAUCAAGUUCCUCAGAGCAACCGUUUCACUUGAUGUCCAGAAAUCAACAGUUAGAAUUCCAAAGCUGCUAGAUGACCACAGGAACGAUUUUAUAUCCCGAAAGUCUCGUUUUGAGCCGGACAAUCCAUACAGACACUUAUCAAACAUUGCACUAUUGAAGUACAUCAAAGGGAAACUCCUCAAAGAACAGGAGGAGCAGAUUGGACAGAUAUUAGACUUAUACGAAAAUACAAGCAAACGUAGUAAAGCCUCACACGAUCUUAAAAUUGAAGUAAUCGACGAAGACUACACACUGGGGUAUGACUUCCCACGUCGUGGAGAUGGACAAUCCCCGCUAUUGCCACGCUCUCACUCACCAGGGAAGAAAAAUAGAAGACUCUAUUCCAAGAUCAAGCACUAUACAUUCACUCAUGAGACAAUGUACUUUGUACAGUCCCAGGCACCACUCCUAGCCUCUCUAGUGUAUCUGUUAUGCCCACCGGAGAACAUGGACGAUAUUGGUAUACUAAAUGAGAGCAGCCUAACAGAGUCUAUAAUCUCCAAGGAGGAGAAGGAGCAAGGAGAGAGCUCACUUGUCCAGUCUUUCAUGCCUAGGAAGGCUAAGAUCCGUCAGAUCCCCGAGGUAAAGAGGUCUCUCUCUUUGACGGAUGAUAAGAAUCCAGUCGGUUCCUUCCUAGGCUGGGAAACAACUCUAGAGAAGAUACUCUCUUUAUUUAGAGCUAGUUCUCCAUUAAAGAAGUUUUUAGCGACACGUCUGGUGUGUUUCAAGGGUCUCCUCUCGUGGGACAAGUCAGCUCAGGAGUGUCCAGAUGAUCAACAAGAAGACGACAAAUCCAUUAAUUUGAGAAAGCUGUCAAUGCUCCCUGGAGACAGCUCUGAUAUCUCUCAAGCCUGCUCUUUUGUGCUACGCAAGUUAUUACGACACGGGCUCAUAUCCGAAGGUAUUGCCUUUUUAAGAAACGAGCCUUUGAUAUGCAACAGUGUUGUAAUGCAGACAGUCACUGAUCUUGUCUGUAGUGCUGGUCUAGUUCAUGAGACUAAAGAGAGAGAAUCAAUCAGUCAAGAAGCAAUAGAUCAGCCUGUACUAGUUGACCCACUGAUACUGAUAUACUUGCACUCAAAUAAAGAGUUUGCCACUCGCCUUGUCCUCUCCUCAUUAGAGAUAUGGCCAGUCUCCUAUUGUGUCAAUAUACUCAUGUACAUCAAUUACCAUCUACCCCCCACCUCUCAGCUCUCGGCUAUUGUGAGUAAGAAACUGAAGCAGCUUUACGUGUAUGAGAAGAUAAUAGAGACAGUUGAGGUCCAUAAUGGUCAGUGCUCAUGGGGUCAUUGGUCUCACCUCUCUUAUGAUUCCAAUGAGAAGAAGGACAGCAUAUUGAAGCUACUGCUGAAGCUAAAGGAGUUCACGUUAGCCAGGGAAUGGAACAGAGUCCACCAUAACAGUGAUGAUAUUAUAAUGCAAAUUGAGGAACAAUACAUAUAUGAGCUAUUGGAAGGAAUGGAAGAGCCUGAUCGAUACACUGCACAAAGCACUCUUGAAGAUUUACCAUCAAAUGCUAUGAAACAACAAGUUUGUGAAAAUUUGCUUGUGAAGUGUUUCAAUUUGGAGAGCCUAAUAUUAAUUUUACGCUUCCUCCUUGAUAAACUCUCCUUCCAAAUACAAUCAGCUGAAAAGCUCAAGAAUCUUAAUAAUCAGUUGCUAGGUGUAAAGGCUCUUCUCUGUCUGCCUCACUUUGUACAGGAGCAGUAUCGGUCACUCAUGAAAAGACCUUUGUUUAUUGUGGAGCAACUGCUUAUUGAUCUAAAGAUUGAAUGGGCUGGUCUAGUAAUCAAGGAGCUCAAUGAAGAUGAAUACAUUUGUCAGAUGGAUACUGAUGACUUGCCUCCUCUCAAAUAUCAAACACACACUCCAGAGGAACCACUCAACCCGUUCACACUACUCAUCAUGUUCUAUGCUGAGAAGGCACUGGAAUUCCCAUUACCAUCAUCAAGAGAAUAUCCGUCUCGUGCCACCUCUCCUUCAGUUCCUUCCACUCCAUUCUCUCGUUAUGAUAGAAUGAGAUCACCUUCAGAGUCUCCCUCAAUACCACCAACACCAAGACACAAGAAAGGAAGGACUAGUAGUUUCUCUACAGUGUUUCCUCCUUCUGACAGACCAAAAUACUCACGAUUUGAGCCACCACCUCACCCACCAAAGAGAGAGGAUUGGAAGACCAGCAACUACUGUGAACUCUGCAAUUCUUCAUUAUUUGGAAUGUUCAGUAAGAGACAUCAUUGCAGGAGGUGUGGGCGUAUGGUCUGUGCUCAGUGCUCCCCUCACUUUAUGAUUGUUGAAGGAUACGGAUCGCAACAAAAAGUCUGUAAUGACUGCUAUGAGUAUAACUUCAUCACUAGCACUACCUCUGAUGAUCCUCAACUCUCAGAUAAAGAGGACGACAUAGUGACGCCCACUCAGUAUCCGUGGCAACUGUUGCCAGGCGACCCUCACUACAACGAGAACCUACGUACAGAGUUUUGCUAUGAGGAGAGUCCCAGUACCACACUGUGUAUGGUCAUACUGGACUUACUAAGUGAUGCUAAAGCCUGUGCUGGCUUUAUACUUCACUGCUGUCAUAAUGUGUCAAUGCAACUGGUGGCUGAUGACUCUGGACGAGUUAAUGAAGAAAUUGAUCAUUACUUUACUAUUAAUAUAAUGGAGACAAUGCUACUCAAUGCAAAACUGAAGCUGUUUCAUGCUGGGGACAGUCAUGGGGUGGAGCUAUGUGACACGUAUUUGAGUCGUGUUGAUCUUCUGAGGUUGUUAAUCUCCUCCAGUUGUUCUGAGAUUCCUUCCAUUCAAGAGCUAACCAAACCAGAUCUUGCAAGGCGUGUGAGGGACAGGUUGGUUGCUGAAGAUCGUUUUGAGCUAGCAAUGGAAGUGUCCACAAAAUGUCAGUUGGAUAGCAACACAGUGUGGACUGCCUGGGGUAUGGGCUGCAUUAAAGCAGGAGAAUUUCAAAUGGCCAGAGACAAAUUCCGCCAUUGCUUUCAUGGUGGUACACAGCUUUCUGGUGGUGCUUUUCUGAUUGAGAGAAUUGUUGAGCAAAUACUAUCCUGUCCUCUUGCCUCCAUGAAGAACAGUGAUGAUUGGAAUGAUAGCAUGAGACUUCUUGUAGAGCAUAAGCAAGACAGCAGUUUUAUUACUGAUAGAAAAUACGAGGAAUGUUUGUUUUACUUGAAGAAUUAUGGUACUGCAGCAGCAAUGAUUGGCUUUCUUGCUAGACACCAUUACUGGAAGGAUGCUUGCCAGCAAGCUUAUACCAAGCAUUGCUCCAACGAUGUCUUUGUUGAUCAGAUAUGGCUCCCAGCUCUGAAAUGUGGUCAGUUGGAUAACUUGGAGGAAGCUCUCACACGCAUUGACCCUUCACUCUCUGUAUGGGAACAAUACCUCACUGGAGUCUGUAGAUUUCUAUCUCAGAGGAAACUAUUCCAUGUUCUCUAUAGAAUACAACUAUUCAUGAAGGAUUUUGUUCGUGCUGCUAUGACUUGCAUUAAGUUCUUCAUUGGAUUCUCAGGUCACAAGACAACCCUCAGUGACCUGUAUGGUAGAAAGCAUUAUCUGGAGACAGCCAGGAAUCACUUUAGGACUGCAAUUGAUGCUAGAGUGAAGAGGAGUGCUAGUUUCAGUACUACAGAACUAGAGGGUCACAUGCGAACCAUCAGCUUACAAAUGAGAGUCAUUGAUCAACUUCAUAAAGCAGCUGCUACUAAUAACAUCCUCAAUAAACCAGUACCAGUCACUAGCAUGGGAGACUCUGGUGUCCAACCUUCCACACUGUUUGGGAAUGGGGCAGUGAGGGGAGAGGUAGCAGCUCAUCUCUUAAUUUCUUGUCAAGAAUCCCCUGAAGCAGUAUUCCAAAUAGCAUCUGAUAUAAUUUCAGCUUAUCGUUUGCCAAGUAGUAAAGUUUUCACAGAGGUAUCAAAGCAGCUUGCUAUGAAAGAAAACUACGUUGGUAUUAGAGUUUUGGUUCAAAGUAUUCAGAAAUCACAUUUGAUGUCUCCAGAGCUUAAUGAUGAAGUCUGCAUGGCUGCAAUCAAAGUCCUCGCCACCCAGACAAAGGAGGCUCGCACAUUAGACAAGCAUUUGGACAAGCUUGUAUCAAUGCUAAUCAAAGACGAAAAUAAGGUCAAUUGUCUUAUCCAGUGUGGUAAGUUGAAGAAUGCUUAUUUGGUAGCAAUAAAGGCUAAACUUCCUGAGGAGGUUGAGAGAAUCGCUGAUGCUGCAGCUCGUGCUGGCCAAACUAGUGUAAGGGACAUCUGUGAGAAAUGGUUACGGACUAGAUCAUAACUUUGUGUGUGUGUGUGGUGGAAUAAUGCAAUUUAUAUUACAGGUAUUAUUGUUGUUAUUAUAAUUUUGUAAACAGGACGCUGUAAUAAAUGAACGAUUUUACACAAACUUGCACUUUUCAAGAAUUAUAUUGUUGUUUAAAUAAUUUUCACUCUAAUUUAUAAAUUUUGCAACAAA